AUGCCCACGUUGACCGCGGAGGCUGGGGAACAGGGGAGAGAGCUGCAAUUCAGCGAGCGGACUGACUACGAUCCAUCGGUGGCACACCCGCCGGCAGCCCGCUACAUUGUCGAAUUCAUGCUCAAUACACGCUUACUCGGGCAUAUGAACCACGUCGGUGUGGCCCCCAAGGGCACUGGGGAAAGCGAGGAAUCCCUCACCCCCGCGGCCCUGCGUGGUCUGAACGGAUCCGAUCAGUGCCGGGACGUGGUCGCAAUGUAUAUCGCGGAGUUUGCCGUGCGUGUCCAAGCAUCUCCUGGCACAGGGAGGAACGACAGCGACGGCCUGAGAAGCUCGUUGGCUUGGUGGCAGCUACUCUGUGCCCAUCAACGGGAUCUGGACGUACAUUUGCAUCACGGCUGGCUUGCCGGAGGCAGUGUCCCUGCAGAGCAGCGCGAUGAGUACAUUGGGCCUAACGCCCACUCGGUUGCUCUCUUCCUGGUCCAUCUCAGCAGCGGCCUCAUCCAGUCCCUCCACGAUUUCAAGGUGGGUUGGCCCCUCUGGGCCAUCGAGAGUGAUAUCCUCGCGCACGAGCGAGGGCAGCAUCCAAGACUUCGGUGGUGGCAUGUCAAAUUGGAGAAAGACAGAUAUAUAGACAGAUAA